CUCUCACAAACUCAAAAACAAUUUGUGUCUUCUUUUUAUAUAUUCUCCAUAACCAGGAAAAAUACAACCCAAAUAGAAAAUCAACAUUCUUCAAAGCAAUGGACCAAGAACAAACCCCACAGAGCCCAACCGGCCAUAGUCGUUCACCCUCAUCCUCGGCCUCCGGUUCCACCUCAGCAGAACCGGUUCGGUCGCGAUGGUCACCUAAACCGGAACAAAUACUCAUACUUGAGUCGAUCUUCCACAGUGGUAUGGUUAACCCUCCCAAAGAAGAGACGGUAAGAAUAAGAAAGAUGCUCGAGAAAUUUGGCGCGGUGGGAGAUGCAAAUGUCUUCUAUUGGUUUCAAAACCGGCGGUCAAGAUCCCGUCGGAGACAGCGACAGCUCCAGGCCGCAGCUGCAGCCGCGGCCGCAACCACCAACACUUGUGACCAGACCAUGAUGGUGAGCAACAGCUUACCACAUCAUAGUGGGAGUGAUUUGGGGUUUGGAGGGUGUAGCACUUCUUCUAAUUACUUAUUUGGUGGGUCAUCUCAAGUUCCUUCCUAUUUUCUUGGUCUCUCUUCUUCUCCUCCUUCUUGUUCAAGCUCCUCUUCCACUUCUUCUUCAGCUAGCUCUUCCUCUUCUUAUGGUGGUGGAUGUGAUAAUCAAAGCAAUAGUGGCAUGGAGAAUCUCUUAACAAUGUCAGGCCAAAUGAGUUAUCAUGAAGUUAAUCAUCAUCAUUACCAAAAUCAUAGCUCAAAUGUCGCAUCGAUUUUGUGCCCAUCUGAUCAAAACUCCAAUUUUCACUCCCAACAAGGGGCUAUAACGGUGUUUAUCAACGGAGUUCCGACAGAAGUGACAAGAGGAGGAAUAGACAUAAAAGCAACGUUUGGAGAAGAUUUGGUUUUGGUGCAUUCCUCAGGUGUUCCUCUUCCUACUGAUGAGUUUGGUUUUUUGAUGCAUAGCUUACAACAUGGUGAAGCUUAUUUCCUGUAAAUGAACAUGAUUUUUUUAGACUUAGCUACUGUAACUGAAGUUUUGUGAUUUGAAGAUGUUUCUCACAUUUGAAUCAAACAUAAAGUUUUUUGUUCAUGUUCUUAAAAAAUUAACACAUCUAUGUAUUUCAAAUAAUAUCUUAAAGUAUUAUUAAAUUCAUUCAUUUUUU